UCACAGUAACGGCCAUCGAUUCCGGAGGAAAUAAGCCCGUGUAUGCCACAAAGGAUAGCCUCGAGCUCCGUACUCUCGGCGUGCUGAACGUGGAGGAACAGCUUGGGCGGGAACAGACAGCAUAGUGUCCCAUGUGAUGACUGGGGUUCGGAUUGUGUAGCCUCGCCACGCGUCCUGGUUCGUUAAGAAGCCCCGGAGGGUGAUAGCUCCCUACCGCUCGGUAUGUUCUACUCUUGUACGCCGUCCGCUCCCGGCCUGCACCUUGAGAGUUCCGGGUUGGCCAUUUCAUGCCUGGACCGAAAGGUACAUACGGACUGCCGCCCAUGCAGCCUCCCGACUAACAAUUUGGUCUCAAGAUCUUCGACCCAAAGGACAUAAUAACUCCUCCCCACAUAUUUUGUCACCAUGUCGGUCCCCGGACACAUCUCGAGAAGCCGUACCGGCUCGAUUCCAGCCUCAUCCAAGGGACGGACUGCCCACAUGCAAGACUUCGCCAUGGCUCCGACCCCGAGCGCCGUUCCCCGGUACUUUGAGCCGUGUGCGGCCACGGCCUCCAUGUUCCUAUAUGCCCAAGGCAGUUCGAUUGUAUGCUGUCAUCAUGACAGCCUCACAAUAGAAAGGAGAUUUGCGCGCCAUACCGAGGAGGUGCAACUAUUAGCAGUCGACAACCUCAGUGAGAUGGGCACCGGGAGGCUGGUUGUCAGUUAUGAUGCCGGGCAGACUGCGAUUGUAUGGGACCUCAUGACUGGAGAUGAGGUUGCAAGAUUUGCCUCGUAUGAAAAUCUUACCUGCGCUGCCUGGAUGCGCAAUGGCAAUGUUGCGUUUGGCAACAUCCAAGGCAACGUGAUCCUCUUUGAGCCUACUACGUCUGAGCACAUCUCUGCAAGAACUAUUGAUCAAAUCGCCAUCACAGCUAUUGCCCCAGCAGCAGAUUGCAGGACCUUUGCCAUUGGGUACCAAAACGGCUCGCUCUUGAUCGCAACACUUCAGCCUAGAUUCACCAUCCUUCACAAUCUUACUACCUCACGCGGGCCUUCUCCCAUCGUAACACUAGCAUGGCAUGCCUCGUCUUCACGGCAAAAGUCGGACAUGCUGGCCGUGCAAACACACGAUGGCGAUCUCCGUGUGUGGAGUGUGUCUAAACAAUACAAUGCCGAUGAUCCGGCAAAAGUGGUAAGAAUUUUGAAAAGGACAGAAAACUAUCUCACAGGCCCGAACUGGAUGGGGUGGUCCAAAAACGGUCGUAUUAUUCAGUAUUCAGAAGGUGAAACGAUUUCAUGGGACGUGAGGACGAAACACGUUACUUACGAUACCAUCCCAACCUUGGAACAUGCCAGGGGCUUGGCUCUUCAUGGUCCAGGAGCAACUCUCUUCACUCUCGGAGCGAAUAACUCGGUCCAACAGUUCGAUCUGAACGCACCGGCCAUGAUGGUCAACAGCGUUCAACACCCAGCUAACCUGCUACCUCCUUCGCCGCCUAUCUCGCUCGAAGAACAGGAAAAGAGCCAGACCGCGAUGCAUCACAACGUCGACCCGGGAGUGCCAAUUGCUAUUCACGCUGAUCUAUCUGAGAGUGAUGACCACAUGUCACCGUUAGCUAGGCUUGUUCAAGGGCAAUCUGAGCCUGACCCAUAUCGCCCAACGAGCCCUACCUCAAGCCGAAGUCGAUCCAGUGUCUCCAUCACAUCAUCCAACUCAAACACUCAGGGGCGAAAUCAUUAUGCUCCAUCCGCGAUUUCCCGUGGGAUGACGGAGAACACGUACAUCUCAGCGGGGUCUUCACUGAGAUCAGGUUUGCCCGGGCAGGAUCACCGGUACAGGCGAGAUAGGGAGUCUUUGUCGACCACGAGCUCCGUCUCUAUGGGCAGUUCAAACUAUCGUUCGAGAAGGCCAUCACGGUUGCGUCAUGAAGUGCCUCGCAGUCCCGAUGACGCGAAAGUUGUCGACCUAUUCAAGUUUACCAAAAGCCGUCUUCAGGAUAUGCCCUACAAGACGCCACAAAUAAACGAUGGUGUCCGACUUACAAACGAUGAUCUGCGGCGUCAGAUGCUGAGCACAAUAUUCGGAUGGAACAAGGAGAUUGAAGACCUGAUUCGGGAUGAAAUGUCUCGACAUCCUCUGGGGUCUACGAAUCGGAUUUUGCUUGCGAAAUGGCUGGGAGACAUCACAACCGAUAUCAUGGCUAUGGGAUCAGAGAAUAUGACCUCGUCUGAUUGGAUGCUUUUGGCUCUCAGUGGUAUUGGAGGACAGGCAUCACAGCACAAGCUUGGGCGAGCCUAUGUGCAGCGGUUAUUGGAAAGCGGCGAUGUUCAUGCGGCGGCAACCAUCAUGAUCGGAUUGGGCGACCACAACGAUGCGAUUGAGAUCUACGUCUCCCACAAAAAGUACAUGGAGGCCCUGAUCUUGACCUGCCUCUUCUUCCCAUCGACUUGGGAGCGUCAAGUCCAGAUCGUGAGGAAGUGGGGAGAGUGGGCUGUACAACAUGGCCAACAGCAGCUCGCCAUCCGAUGUUUCGCUUGCACCGGCCAUGAAUCCACAGAGCCAUGGACGUCACCUUCAGCCCAGCAAAUCACGUUCGGAAGCAUCUCAGCGACUGUCAACGAGGUCACCAGCCCCCCACUCUCGCCCCCUGCCAGGAACCAUGGCCCCCAGCGGAGCGUUGCGAAGAAUUCAGCCCUCAAGCUCAUUACCACCUUUGGAGAUAACAAGUCGAAAUUCUUCUCUGGGCUCGAUGGUGGUAGGACUCCUAUUGCGGCAGGAGCCACCCCAAUUGUCCAGUCAGCCCUUUCACCUGGCGGAGCUGACCCUGCUACUGCCGUGCUACGGAAUAACCGGAGUCAGUUCAAUACUCCAUCCUCUGCGCGCCCACCAAAUGGGGGUUUCGGUCGACAUCGUCUCCCAUCCAUCGGAGAGGCAACCCAGGAUAAUCGCGAGCUUUUGACCGCCAUCAGCAAACCAGCCGGUGAUCCUUACGCGAAUAUAAUGUCUUUUGAGGUUUCCGAUAGCAGAACACGGGGGUACGACUUGCCCAGAGCACAGACUGCCAGCCCUCGCAUCUUUAAGGACACCAAAGCGCCGCCGCCUCCUUCUCCCUCGCCCGCCGCCGUAGCGGCACUGAUGGAAUCCGGCAGACAAAGACGGAAUGGGUCUCGCAGCCGCAUUCCAGAAGGCCUAGACCUAUCUCUGCCUGUGUACAACGACACACGCCAUGAUGAACCGAGCUCCCCUGAACAGUCCGGAAAUUCGAUUUCCAACGCACAAUAUCACUGGCCAUCUAGGCGCAAGGGACCAGGUUCUGUGGCCAGUUCUGCAACAUCUGCAUCUGCAACAUCUAGUGUUCGAGGCUAUCGCACCAACGUGCCUGGCAAGAGUAUGGAUAAAUACUACCAUAGUCUUGAAGCUGCUGGAAGUAGUAGAAACGCCAGAGGAACCAGCCGAGAUGGUCGUGGCAAUGGUCGCGAUACCAGCCGCUCACGCAGGAACGACCGGGAUCUGUCCAGAGACCGCGGUAGAGGUUCAUCUAGGGGUUAUACGCCCAAGGGUGGGAAGAGAUCUCCAAAGUCUCCAGUUCCGAUGUCUCCUGAAGACUUGAUCAACCUUGCUACUCCUCGGGAGGAUCUUGAGCAACUCGGUCAUAGUAAAGGGCGUCUCAUUGACUUCUCGGACGAGCAAGAUCAGCCCAGCGUGGUGAAGAAGGUCGCUGCCCGCCGUGAAACAUCCAGGGUGCGAAUGGUAAGCCGUGGUGCCAGUAGGAAUGGCCGCAGCUCGAGCCGCGCGCGCAGUUCCGAGAGACGCAAGCCCCCAGCACUCGACCUCCGUGGUCGUGAAGCCAGCCGCGAAGGUUCCAGGCAGAGAUCGCCAUCUUCCCCAGUGCCCAUGUCAGGUCAGGCGCAUUUCUAUGGCUCAGAGGAUGAGGAUGAUUACAGAAGGGCGUUGGAAGACCGCGAGAGGUUCCGCCAAAGGCACAACCGGAGUGUAAGCAAAAACGGCAGAGGAGAAAGCAUUACAUCGCCGAUCUCCAGUCGAGAUCAUGGCUGGGGUGGCCGUGAGAGGUCUACAAGUCGCCAGAGGUCAGACAAGAGGUCGGAAAGCCGCCAAACAGACCGCAGAAAGCGCAUUCCUGCCCCGAUGCCCACGCCUGCGCCGAUGCAGCUUGUUACGGACAGUUCAGGCGACUUGAAAGUCAUGAUCAACGAGAGACAGCUGAAGAAGGAGCAGGCACAGCGUGAGCUUGAAGAACGUCGGAGGUCGCUCGCACGAAGACCGUCGGCGCCCCCGAUCCUGCAUCCUGAUGAGCUUACUCCUGCCCGGUUGGACACCGUCAUGGAGCUGCCGAGCACCGUCUUUGUCCCUCCUAGGAGAGAAGAUAUGCCAGCACGCAGUGCGAGCGUUGAUCCUAGCUCUCAAGGUGCUGGAAGGAGCAUGUAUGCCAAUCGUGGGCCAUCGAUUGGUCUUCCUGCCACUCCGAAAGCUAUGCGCCUGGUUCUUGGUUCGGACGCCAGCAGGAACAAUGUGCCCGUUCCCGCUAUCCCCGCGAGCUUCCAACAGACCUCGGCCGCAAACUCUAACCAGGCCUCGCCGGAUAGAGUAUCACAGAGGCAGGUUGAGCUCAAGCAACAAGAGAUUGAACCGCCGAUGAAGAGUCCUGCAAUGCUGCUUCCGUCGACCGUCUACACUCCACCCCCAUCGUCAUUCAACCGACCAGCCAUUCAGAGGUCCAUGUCUGCUCCUCCUCAAGACCUUGUGCCCCCUCAGGCAGGUGCUUUCGGCAACCUAAGAGGGUUCCACGCUGCGAAGCCCAGUGUGGGUGGCGAACCGAAGCCCAUGAUGGGUCGCAGGCCAUCUCAUGAUGCUGGCCGAAACGACGGACCCAUCCCUCCCCCUCCCCCUCCGCCCCCAGCGCCGCCCAUGCUCAGAGAGCUUCAGCAUCUUGCUGUUCCUCCGCCACCACCGCCUGCCCCGCUUCCUCACCUGGCCGGUGCUAAGCCAGUGGUAUACGGAGGAAGCUCAGGAAUGAUUGAGAUCGUCAUGGACGACGACCAACCACAACAACCACCUCCGCAACCGCAGCAGCAGCCCCCUCCUCCACCCAUGCUGCUGCCUUCUACUUCGUACACACCCGUCAACACGGCGCCUAUCCCCAAGGAAAUUGUGGUCCCCAUCCUCUCUCCUCCCGCGCCCUCCUCGCGGAACGGACACGCCCGUGGCCGCAGCAGCAUCGACAACAGCAUCGGCGGUCGCUUCUCGCGCGUGACGGAGCGCAUGCGCUCGGCUAGCCGUAGCAGAGGAGCGAUGAGGGACAACCAGGGAGCCGCUCCGAUGAUUGCUCCGUAUGAGAGCGUGCCCGUUAUGCCGCAAGGCAUGAACUUCCAGAUGCGUGCUGCUGCCGCUGCCGCUGCCGCUGCUGUUCAGCAGCAACCGGGCCAGAGCGAGUUCAAGACGGGAUUGCAUCAGAGUGAGAUGAUUUGAGAUCGAUAUGGAUGAAUGAUGCGGCAUGGCAUUGUGGUUUUGUUUUUUUUUUGCUUGUUUCACUUCAACUUUUUUUGGUUCUUUUCGAUUCUGAUUCUUAAACCCUUAUGAGUCUGCAUGGCGAUUGGCGUUAACUUAACUGGUUUCACCAUAACACCUUUUCGCUGUGGUCCG